AUGGCCGACUAUAGGGGCGCGAGUGAUGACCAUCUCGAAGAAAGUCCGGAGAAGCAGAUCAACUCCUCCACAGAAUCAACUCGAGAUGUUCAUCUGCUGGGAGAAGGUAGCCCCGGUGUUCGCCGCAUCGAAAUUAUCGCAUCAGAAUUUCGCUUCAUCGAUCGGAUUUUUCUGUUCUGCGGUAUUUUUCUCGUUGCAUACGUCUAUGGCCUAGAUGGUACUGUCCGGUAUACCUAUCAACCUUAUGCCACCGCAAGUUAUGGCCUUCACAGUUUACUCGCAACUAUCAACGUUCUUCGAGCUGUUAUUGCCGCCGCCGCUCAGCCUACUGCUGCCAAGAUUGCCGAUGUUUUCGGCAGAGUUGAACUUAUCUUGAUCUCGAUUGUCUUCUAUACGGUCGGCACAAUUAUUGAAACGUUUGCUACGAGUGUGGAGGCCUUUUCUGCGGGGGCUGUCAUCUACCAGGUCGGAUACACAUGCAUCAUGUUUAUUCUUGAAGUCCUGGUUGGAGAUGUGACUUCUAGCCGCUCUCGCCUCUUAUUCUCAUUCAUCCCAGCGCUUCCUUUUAUUAUCAACACCUGGAUCAGCGGUAAUUUGACUGAUGCAGUUCUCAAAGUGACAACCUGGAAAUGGGGAAUCGGCAUGUUCGCGAUUAUUUACCCGGUUUGUUCGCUACCUUUGAUCGCCGUGCUUUUCAUUGUUCGCCGCCGCGCGAAACGAACUGGGAAAUUGGAAUCAUAUAAAAGUUCCCUCGAGCUACUUGGUGGUCAGAAACUGGCUCUAGAGCUAUUCUGGCACCUCGACGUGAUUGGGCUUAUCCUUAUGAUUGCUAUGCUUGCCUGCAUUCUCGUUCCCUUCACCCUUGCAGGAGGAGUUACUGCGCAAUGGAAGACGGCAAAAGUUAUAGCACCACUUGUCGUUGGAGUUCUGCUGGUUCCAGUCUGGGUCUAUUGGGAGAAAACAUGCCCGCACCCUAUGCUGCCAUUCAAAAAACUGAAAGACCGCGCUAUUUGGGGCCCUAUUGGUAUUGCGGUUAUGUUAAACACCGCGUGGUAUCUCCAAGGAGAUUUCCUUUACACCGUUCUUUACGUCAGCUUUGAUGAAUCGGUACUUAGUGCGACCAGAAUUACAUCUCUUUACAGCUUCACUUCUGUUAUUGCCGGCGUGAUUCUCGGAUUUAUCGUCAUGAAGCUUCGUCAGCUCAAGCCUUUCAUUGUAUCUGGAACUGUGCUAUUCAUGGUUGCAUUUGGCAUCCUCAUUUACUUCCGCGGUGGCUCCAGUGGCUCUAGUCAUUCAGGAGUUAUCGGAGGACAGGUGCUUUUAGGUCUUGCCGGUGGACUAUUCUCUUACCCAGCCCAGGCAAGCAUUCAAGUUGCUUCCAAGCACGAACAUCUUGCUGUUGUGACUGGAAUCUACCUUGCUUCCUAUAACAUUGGGAGUGCGAUUGGGAAUACAAUUUCAGGCGCGAUCUGGAAUCAGGUACUGCCAACAGAGUUGAUUCGACAACUUGGGAACGAGACUCUUGCAGCCGAAGUUUAUGGAGCACCAUUUCCAUUUGCAGACGCGAAUCCGGUUGGUACACCGGAUCGGGAUGCCGUGAUUGUGGCAUACCAAAAGACCCAGCGUCUGCUCUGCAUAACGGGUAUUUGUCUAACCGUACCGUUGAUUGCAUUCGCUCUCUGUAUUCGGAAUCCAAAAUUGACUAAAGAGCAAAGCCUGGUUAAGGAUGACGAUCAGUCAAGCCAAGACUCCACAUCACUGCGCUAA